AUGGAGCAGGAACAGUUCCGCAUAGCUGCUCAUGCGGCUGUUGAAGAGAUAAUCCAAUACUUCAACAGCCUGCCGUCGCAGCAAGUCCUCCCGGACGUCGAGCCCGGAUAUCUGAAAUCUCGUCUCCCUCCAUCCGCUCCCCAAGACCCGGAGCCAUGGAGUCUGAUACAGGCAGAUAUCGAGACCAAGAUCAAGCCUGGCGUCACGCACUGGCAGUCGCCGAAUUUCAUGGCCUUCUUCCCGUCCAUUGUUACCUACCCGAGCAUCCUCGGUGAGAUGUACUCGGCCACCUUCACGGCGCCCGCGUUCAACUGGCUAUGCUCUCCGGUCGUUACGGAGUUGGAGAUCACGGUCCUUGACUGGGUUGCAAAGGCCCUAGGACUGCCAGACUGCUUUCUCAGCACACCUCCGAGCCAAGGUGGCGGCGUGAUACAGGGCAGUGCGAGUGAGGCCGUCAUCACUGUCAUGGUGGCUGCCCGGGAAAGGUAUGCCAGAGACAUCGUGAGGGCAGAGGGCCUCGAGGAAGACUCCGAGGAGUGGGAAGAUCGCAUGAUAGAGGUCAAGUCGAGGUUUGUCUCCCUGGGGAGUGAUCAAGCGCAUAGCUGCACCGCAAAGGCCGCGCGCAUUGUCGGCACCAGGCAUAGGAGUGUCCCGGCUCGUCUAAAGGAUGACUUUGCCAUGACCGGAGCUGCUCUCAGGGAGGUGCUUGAAAAGUGCGAGAAGGACGGUCUUACUCCUUACUAUAUAACUACCACUCUGGGGACGACGAGUACAUGUGCUACUGACAGGUUCGCUGAGAUCAAAGCCGUUUUGAACGAAAAGGAGUCAUGGAAGAGGAUAUGGGUACAUGUCGAUGCUGCAUACGCUGGAGCUGCGCUUAUAUGUGAUGAAUACCAAUAUAUUGCCAAAGAAUGGAGUGAGGGGGUUGACAGUUUCAACUUCAACAUGCACAAGUGGCUUCUCGUCAACUUCGAUGCCAGUUGUCUGUUCAUACGGAACCAAGUCGACUUGACAUCUGCUCUUGAUAUCACUCCUCACUAUCUCCGCAACCCUCAUUCUGACGCCGGCGCAGUUACUGACUAUCGGAACUGGCAACUUCCCCUGGGGAGGCGUUUCCGGUCGCUGAAGAUAUGGUUCGUCUUGCGGUCUUAUGGAAUCAAGGCCAUGCAAGCACAUAUUCGCAAUGGGAUAGACUUAGGCAAAACGUUUGCGGAAUUGAUUCGUAGCCAGAGCGAUUUGUUUGAAAUCGUGACUCCGCCCGCGUUUGGCUUGACAGUUUUCCGUAUUACCGACAAGGCAGCUCUGCAAGUUACUGGUGGCGAUAGCAACUCUGUUACCCGCGAGAUCUACGAACGUAUCAACGCCGGCAAGGAAGUUUACCUGACAUCCUCCGUCGUCGAGGGGGUGUACGUCAUUCGUGUGGUGAGUGCAAAUGAACUUGCCGAAGAGAAAUAUAUCAGAAAUGCCUUUGAUAUACUCGUUCGUGUGACCAAGGAAGUGUUGUCUGGUCAAGGAACUAUCAAAAAACAUUAA